UUCUGGAGCUGUCUGAAAACUCUGGCGGGAGACAACGCAGCUUGUAUUGUCUGUCAGUUUACGUAACGGGUUUCGCGAAAUAGUAUUUGUUUUACGUCUACUCGUUUCUCUAAAUCAGAUUUUGAAUUAUUUUUCCUUUUAAUUUGGGAGGAGAGACAACACAGACUUCUCUAUUCUCCUGCUUUAAUAGUGUAGUCUACGGUAUUGGACUUGUACCUCGCAAGCUAAGAAGUGAAGCUAACGUUAAAUCUUCUAGAAUUUUACUUGAAAACUAGAGCUAUGGCAAAAGUACAAGUGCUAAAUGUAGCCGUCCUAGACAACCCGAGUCGAUUUGGAAACCCGUUUCAGUUCGAAAUAACGUUUGAGUGCAUGGAGGAUCUUCCCGAGGAUCUUGAAUGGAAGAUUAUUUACGUGGGCUCAGCAGAAAGUGAGGAGUAUGAUCAGACUCUUGACUCUGUCCUGGUUGGUCCAGUUCCUGCAGGCCGACAUAUGUUUGUGUUUCAGGCGGACGCUCCAAACCCUGCCCUAAUACCUGAGAGUGAUGCUGUGGGUGUCACUGUUGUUCUGAUUACAUGCACAUACAGAGGACAGGAGUUUAUACGCAUCGGCUACUAUGUGAACAACGAGUACACAGACGCUGAGCUUCGUGAGAACCCGCCCCUCAAACCUGACUAUGGACAGCUCCAGAGGAACAUUCUGGCUUCCAACCCACGUGUAACCAGAUUUCACAUCAACUGGGAGGGAUGUGCUGAGAAAAUGGAGGAUUCAGAGAACGUGGACCCCGCACCCAACGCCAUGCUGCCCCCGUCCUGCACUCCGGGAAAAGCACCUCCACUCGGACUGGUGCCAGACAACUCCAUGGACUGUUUGUAGUGACGCAGGCUCCUGUGAAUAAUCCUCACAUCUCAAGGCUCAUCCGUGAGCUCAGGUCAAUCUGGACACUGUGGAGGAGAGGGCGGGAUUAUUCAAACGCAUCAGAAAUAAAGGUUUAUCUAAUUUUGUUAGUUGUCACACCUAUUUAAAACAAAUCACCGGUGUGCAGAAUACAUCAAAUCCUCCGGUAUGCAAUAAACAGUUUGCUGUUCAGUUCAAUGAUGAGUGAGUCAUGAAUCUAAGACAUGGUUUAGGUAUUAGGACGUGCUGCAUAUAACGCCAUCAACCUUUUGAUGCUUUCUCAAACCGAAAGGGGAUGGAAGAUCAGCUCAGCACAGCAGAUAAGAUGUCAAAUGCAUAAUUCAUUUAACAGACGUGUGUAAAAUGUUGCAGUGGACAAUAUUUUUGUAUUAUAUUGUGUAUAUAUAUCUGUGUCUUUCAAUGAAAUAAAUGUUUUUGUUACGUGA